UCAAACUUCAACAGUGUAAAAUACAACUAUGUCUCCAAUAGCCCACAGCCUUCUCCAAAACCAGCAGCUUUGUGCCUUGGGUUUCCCCGAAUCUCCGGCUAUUUCCAUAACAUAUAAGGAACCAUCCCAUUACUCUAAUUCUCACUACAUCACACCGUUCUUGAACAAUAACAAUCUUCACCAUACAAACCACAACAAUUAAUCUCAAAACAUGAGUUCUUCGAUCAGAGCAAGAGCAUGGAGCGUCGCAGCUAGUGUUGGAGUUGUGGAGGCCAUGAAGGAUCAAUUAGGUAUAUGCAGGUGGAACUACGCAUUCAGAUCUGCACAACAGCACGUCAAGAAUCGUGUUGGUUCUUUCUCUCAGACAAUGAAACUCUCUUCUUCUUCUUCUUCCUCGGCUAUGGUGGCCACCGCAAAGUUGAGAGAAGAAAAGGCGAAACAAUCAGAGGAGUCUCUCAGGACAGUCAUGUACUUAAGUUCUUGGGGUCCUAACUAAAGAACCUUCUAGAUCUUCUUUCAAUUUCAUCGUUAGGGUUUACAAUUUUGGACCCAUAUAAAUAUUCUAUAGUAUUGAACCGUUUUGGUUUGUCACAGAUAGAUAUAUUGAUGUAAAUUUUGAUAAAUGAAAACAGGAUUAAGCAUUUUCCACAA